UAAAAUAAAUCAAUAAUAAUAAUAAAAAAUAAAGCGCUUAAGAGAAACAAAACUACAGUUGUGGUGCCUGAAACAUGAGCGAUUCGCACUAUUCUCCAAGAACGCUGCUUUAUCCGUGGACCAUGUCGUGAGGUGUGGCUCUACGCGCUCCGGAUACUGCCAACAGAUACGCCUGGGAGCGGGGCAGAAGAUGUUAGCCUCGGUAGGGUCACAAAGCGGCCCUCGCCCACCCACCGUGCCGGCUCCCAUGCCUGACUUGAGUCACCUCACGGAGGAGGAAAGGAAAAUCAUCAUGGCAGUGAUGGUUCGGCAAAGGGAGGAAGAGGAGAAGGAACAAGCCAUACUAAAGACACUGCACCAGCAGUUUGAGAGUUAUAAGGAGCAGGUGAGGAAGAUUGGGGCAGAGACUAAACGACAGCAGGCUGUCCAUAAAGAUGAUGCACCUACCUGUGGCAUCUGCCGCAAGACCAAGUUUGCAGAUGGGUGUGGGCACCUGUGUUCCUACUGCCAGACCAAGUUCUGUGCCCGCUGCGGAGGAAGAGUAUCUCUGCGCUCAAAUAACGUUAUGUGGGUAUGUAACCUGUGCAGGAAACAGCAGGAAAUCCUAACUAAAUCAGGAGAAUGGUUUUCAUCAGGGCCUGGGGGGCGACCUCUUAGUGUGGGUGCUCCCUUCAGUGGCCCUGAUUUGGACAAGGACAGCAAGUUGCGCUCCAGAUCCCAGGCUCCAGGCCUUAACAUUAACGACACUCUGCCAUCCAGCCUUGGUACUGACGAGCCCACCAGGGGAGCAGAUACAAUGCCUGCCUCACGGUCCCGCAGUGAACCGCCAAGAGACAAGACGAGACCUGUGUCCCUGCAUGAUCAGAAUGGAAAGGUAAUUGGGCGUGGAGAAAGAAGGCGAGGUCCCGGCAGGUUGUCAUCACAAGCCUCCGAAGACCGAGCUCCAGGUGAGAAGCGGGACAGCAGGAAAGGCCACUCCCAGGAGUACCUAGAGGAUGACACCACCCAUCCUGACCGAAGAAGACGACAGGAGGAGGAAGAGAGAGAGCGUCAAAGACGAGAGAAGGAGUACCAGACCCGUUACCGCAGUGACCCGAACCUAGCCCGCUACCCUGUUAAACCGCAGAAGGAAGAACAGGAAAUGCGAAUGCAUGCCAAAGUGUCCAAAAUGCGUCAGGAGCGUCAUCACAGUGACCUUGCUAUCAAUGAAGUGGGAUUGCUUCAAGAUGGGGGUGAGGCCACUGGAAAUCACAUGAGCAGGCAGCGAAUAGCCAGCAACGAGGACCGCAAGGACUUUUUAGAGAACCAUCAAGCUUAUUCUGUGGACAGGACCAUGGGGGGUGGCAUUGGGGGACAAGUAUCUCUUGCUAAACAGGGCCACGGUGGCCCUCAUGUGGGCCCUACAGGCCCCCCAGACCUCAGGGACAGACAGGACUGGGGCCCAAAGGAGCAUCUGGAACCUGGGUCUGCAGCUUUUUUGCACAGGGCUAAGCGAGAAAAGGCUGCUGAAAUCCUACGUAAAGACUCUUCUCUUAGCUCGGACCAAUCAGAAUCACUGCGGCCUCCUCCACCAAGAGCCUAUAGACCCAAACGAGGCCUCAACAAGAGGCAGAUGUCCAUCAGUAGCUCUGAGGAGGAGGGUGGCUCCACACCUGAAUACACCAGCUGUGAGGAUGUGGAGAUCGAAAGUGUUAGUGAAAAAGGUGACUGGGACAGUCAUCCUCUAGACCCCACUGAGUGGCAUCAUCCUGUUAGCUGGCAGCCAUCCAAAGAGGGAGAUCAUUUGAUUGGCCGCAUCACUCUAAGUAAGCGUUCCACCAUGCCAAGAGAAGCCGGUUCCCUACUCGGUCUGAAGGUGGUUGGUGGGAAAAUUACAGAAUCAGGGAGACUCGGGGCCUUCAUCACCAAAGUAAAGAAAGGAAGUCUGGCUGACAUUGUUGGCCAUUUACAAGCAGGCGAUGAGGUGUUACAGUGGAAUGGGAAGGCGUUGCCUGGAUCAACUAAAAAGGAAGUGUACAACAUUAUUUUAGAAUCCCAAUCUGCAUCUCAAGUGGAAAUAGUUGUUUCCAGACCAAUUGGUUUUUUUCCCUGCAGAGAUACACCAAGAAUUCGUGGGACGUCACAUCCUCCUUUAGAGUCAACUGGUUCCAGUUCUAUAGAUGAAUCCCAAAAGAUGGACCAGCCAUCCAUCUCAGUAAUGUCUCCCACCAGUCCGGGGAUGUUGCGAGAUCUCCCUCUGGUUCUACCAGGCCAGCUGUCGGUAAAAUUGUGGUAUGAUAAAGUCGGCCAUCAGCUUAUUGUCAAUGUUCUACAAGCACGAGACCUGCCCCCUCGACUGGAUGGACGACCCAGGAGUCCUUACGUCAAAAUGUAUUUUCUUCCUGAUAGAAGUGACAAGAGCAAGAGAAGGACGAAGACCGUGAAGAAGAGUGCAGAGCCAAAGUGGAACCAGACGUUCCUGUACUGUCACAUCCAUCGCAGAGACUUCAGAGAGCGCAUGUUGGAGAUUACUGUUUGGGACCAGCCCAGAGUCCAGGAGGAUGAGAGUGAAUUUCUAGGAGAGAUUUUGAUCGAACUGGAGACAGCUCUGUUAGAUGACCAGCCACACUGGUACAAACUGCAGACCCAUGAUGUGUCCUCAAUCCCCAUGACCCAGCCCUCCCCCUGCCUCCCCUGCAGACAUGUUCAUGGAGACAGUCCCAGCAAGAAACUGCAAACAGCAGAGAGGAACUCUCGAGACAGGGAGAGGUCAAGCACACUGACGGUACCUGAGAGACAGGCUGCCAUACAGAAUCGCUCGCGGUCGGUGUCACCGCACAGAGAAGACCAGUGUAGAGCCCGGUCACGACCCGCACAUGUCCCUAUGCAGAGGAGUUUGGAUGAGAUCCACAAAAACCACCAUCAUUCCAACUCUCCCUCCCGCUAUCAUGACUCCCACCAGGAACAUCGCUCUGGAGAAUCUGACUAUGAAUAUUCAGAGGACAGUGAGGUCCUGGAGAUGCACAGAUCAAUCCGAGGUGGGAGUGCUGAGUGCCUGCCUACAAACAGUGAUCUUCAGCCUUCAUUAGAUAGAGUAAGAAGUGCCAGUACGACUUGUUUGCGACCAGAGACCAAUUUCCAUUCACCUGAUAGAGAAAGGCAUUCCGGCAGUUUGGAUAGGCCGAGCUGUCAGAAAGCUAACGUGAAAACCAUUGAUUGUGACAGACUCCAGCCCACCUCUAUCCUAAGGGGCAGCAGCAGGAGGCGAGAGCCUCCCCUCAGGUCCUUUGGCCAGACCACAAUUGGGGGUUCCUGCCCUAACUCCCCACGAGCUGACAGAGAAUUUCAACACGGUGGACAAUAUUCCUCGGCAAGGACAACGUCAUUAGGGCGCAAGGGCAGACAGCUGCCACAGCUCCCUGCAAAGAGCAGCAGUAUAGAGCAAGACCAUGUCAACAGUAAACCAGAAGAGAAACCUAACUCAGCACUAGCAAUGGAAGAACGGGCUCGUCAGUUGCAGAUGAAAGUGCAGAACUAUCGGCCGGGCUCUUCUGCCUGCUCUGGUCAUGACCCAGAGGCAGAGCUCAAGAACAAGAGAGAUAUGUAUAAGGACCAGAGGAGGAGUUGUGAUAACAUGUCUGUAAGGUCAGACAGCGACAUGAGCGAUGUAUCAGCCAUUUCCUGUGCCAGCAGUGUUUCGCGGCUGAGCGCCACCAGCUACAUGUCCAUUCAGUCUGAGAGACCACACGGCAGAAUCAGGUCAAAGUCAUUGGAGAGUUGUAAAGGUGAAGAGAAUAAGGAGAGAAGGAUUUCAUGGGGGGUUAAUGGAACAGACAACAGGAUGUUUCUGGGAAAGAGGCGCUUCUCUGAGGAGCUUAAACGCAGGCAUCAUACGGUGGCUGGAAAUGUGAGUGCUCACAGUCAUCAAGUCAGAGCCUCAGCUGGUCGGAGUAUGCUAAAGAGCACAAGUGUUAGCAGUGAUAUCAACACAGCAGAACGAACAGACGGCAGCCAGUCUGACACUGCCCUGGGAACAGUUGGAGCCGGAGCGAAAAAGCGGCGCUCCAGCCUCAAUGCACGUUUUGUGGCAAUCGUGGGAAACCGUCGCAGCCGAAGCACCUCACAAAUCAGUCAGACUGGUUAGUCUCAACAACUACACCACCAUAAUCUUUGGAUUAUGAUCAAGAUUUCAUAGUUAGAAGGUUCUCACUUAUAUUUGAAGACAAAUUACUUUGAAACAGCUUUUCUUGUCUGCUGAAAUAACAAAGGUCAAGCAUUCAGCAAAAAUUAUUAUAAAGCAAUAGUUUACAGAUAAAUGAAAAUUCUGUUAUUAUUUACUCACCCUAAUGCUGCUCUAAACCCUAAUGACUUACUUUCUUCCGUGGAAUACAAAAGAUGAUUUUUUUUUUUUUAAAUCGUCACUUAGUUAAUUUGCCAAUGACAGUGAAUAGUGACUCCAGCCUGUCAAGAUUGAAAAAGGACACAAUAAAAUACAAUAAAACCAUAGUAAAAUAAAUUUCAGUCAGCAUUCACAAAUCUCAAAUAAAGUCAUUGGUAAAGUGGUAUAUCAAAUGUGGCAGCUACAUGGAUAGCAUCAAACCUCAUUGGUUCUCAUCACAUCUUGUGACCAAACAUUCGGCAUGAUGUCACGUUUUGUGUUCCAUGGAAGCAGGGUUGGGAGGGUUACUUUUGAAAUGUAUUCCACUACAGAUUACAGAAUACAUGCUGUAAAAUGUAAUUUGUUAUGAAUUUCCUUAGAUUUCUCAAGGUCAGUAACGUAUUCUAAAUACUUUGGAUUACUUCUUCAGUACUGGUAGAUUUUUUUCACUUGUUUUUACUAUAAAAACUGUUAUGUUAAAGAUACAUUCUCUGAAAAAAACUUGUUUUAAGGAUGUUUAGAUAUUUUUACUGGAAAACAAUACAAAAAGGAUUAUAAAGAAUAAGGUACUAGAAAAAAGAAAUUAUGAUCCAACAUGAAUUUUCUUGAUAAAGCAUCGUAUCGUGCCUGGUAAAGUGCAUGUGUAAUGGAUAGAAAUAGCAUUUUAGCUUAGAAUAAAGCUGACAAUUUACAGAAGGUUUAUUUCUAUUUCUUCUGCUCCAAAUUGACUUCAAACUUACUUCUCUGUCUGCUCUUAUGAAUGUAAAACAUCAUAAGAAAGUGUUUAACCGCUGUUCAAAUG